CACAGAAUGCUAUGCUAUGUGUGUUGUACAGUGCUACAAUCCGCAACAACAAAACGAAAAUAGAAGUCAAAUAAGCAAGAAAAUGUGUUUGUGUUCUCGCUAAUAUAACUCAUAAACGUAUUUUGACGUAUUAAGUGCCGAAACCUAGAUCGAGGGCAAAUCAACCAUUAAAAUCGCGACCAAGAACGCCAAUAUAAUACCGAGAAAAAGAAAAGUUGAAAAACGAGGAAACGCGGGGUUUGUGGAGUGGAUGGUGAUGCUCAGCUAAGCCGGGAAGUCCAGCCAUGGAGUCAAUUGUGCUGCAUUCGGAUGUAGCGCGCUUGGUCCUGGGCUACCUGGUCAACCAGAAUCUGAAGAGGGCGGCCCACACUCUGUGUCGCACAUCGCCGCACCUGCAGGAAGAGUUCCUGGCCCUGAAACAGGGCCUGCAGACACACAACUUCCUCAACGGCGGCCUGGAGGAGAUCAUCUGCGAACACGUCAAGAUCACAGGCUUGGUGGCCAGUGCCGUGCAGAAACUGCCGCUGGAGGCGCGUCUGCAGUACCAGCAGUUGAAGUUGUCCGAGCGAGUCAACGAACUGAUAGGCACCGUCGAAAAGAGCAGCUGCACCAACGAUAGCAGCAACCAGGGCGAACCAAGCAUAUCGCUGUCGCAACGCAAGAGGCGCUUACGCACUCAUUCCCCCGUAAACAGCCUGACGCCUUCGUUCAGCAAGCGGCCGCGUCUGCUGCCACCGCACCUUUACUGCAGCAUUAACCGAGAGAAGCUCAAGCUCAGCUUUGGGGCCUGCCAGGAGGAUCAGGCUGACGACCUUGAGGAGGAGGACGAGGGGAGCACCACGGCCACCGAUGAUUUAGAAGAGGAGGAGCUUACGCCGGUGAAUGGCCCUGGGCCGCGCAACAAUUCCACGCCGCGCCAGGGUCAUGAUGAGCUAAAUCCUCUCGUACUCACGCCGCAAAGUAUGCCUGAAUUGGCUAGUGCGAUAAUCAAGAACCAAGACUUCCAGGCGACACUAGUAAAGAACAUCAACGUAGCGUUGCAGACGGUGACUGUGAAUAAUCCGGCGGUAAGCUGUGACGCCAUGCUAGAUGGCCUGGUGAAGAACAUUCUGGAGGCCACUGAGAAGGAUCCCUCGUUCGAUCGCAUCAUCCAGGAGGUGGUGAUUGGGGAUCCUCCACCAGAUGAGGAAGUUCCUGGGGUGUCUAACGCUAUGGCUGCACCUACUGUCGCUGUCAUUCCGGCAGUCGCUGGUCAAGUGCCCCCGGCGGAACUACCCGUGGAUCCCGUGCCGCCGCAAACGCCACUCAUUAUUCGCACCGCCGUUGCAGCAACCACUGGAACCAAUGCGGAUCCCAACUUCUCCAUAUCAAAGCUGAUAGUACUGAACUCCAACGAGAGUGUCCAAAAAAUGGUGGCCGGCAUUGACACGUCUAAUGUAAGCUUCACCAGCGACGGCUUGAAUCUGAAUUUUGCCGAUCCGUCCUCAAUGCUCACCGAGGCGGAGGCGGCGGCUGGUGGACAGGUGUGUGUGGACGCCACCACCGGACAGCUGACGUUUCCCAUGUACCUUUCCAACGGCGGUCUGCUGUCGCACUUUCCAUUCCUGGUGAACAACGAGUGGGUGGCCCAGCAACUCGGGCCGGAUGCCUUCGCCAACGUGGAUGACUCGCACAUAGAGAUCUGCCUGCCGGAGCCUAUUACUCUGUCUGCCAAUCAGCUGCCUCCCAAUUCCAUAAUCAUUAACAGCGCCCAGAAACAACCACCUGCUCCAAGCACGGAGCCUCCUGUUCAGUUGAUAAAAGAGAACGUAAAAGGUGAGAAGGCGGUCAAGGUGUCGGCGCCAAAGGAGAAACUUGAGGAGCAACUGGAGGAGGAGCAGCGGAAGGUGCCACCCGCCUCCCUGGAUUCUUCCCGACAAGUUAUGGAGAGAGUCACGCCCUCCGCGGCGGGAAUAAUCAAUGUAAAGGCCUUCCGUAGUUUAUCCACUCCCCGAAAGAGAACCUCGCAUGUACGAACUUUAACUUUCUCCCCUAAGGUUCAUGCUGGUGGCGUCCUGCAUCCCAAUACGCCGCUCUCCACUAGGCGACCUGGUUUGCUGGCCAAAGCUAAAGAGAAGCCGAUUAUCAACCAUGUGGAGAUCAUCCAGCCAGCAUGCGAUCUGAGCUCAACCGAGGGACUUGGAGGUGUGCCACCUCUUUUCGCCAUGGAGGAGUGCAGCAACCAGACAGUGAUCAAGGCCCAUCCCCCAGCUGCAGCUCCGGCUGCUUCGUUGGUAGCCACGCCAAAAAGAAAACAGAAACGUCAAGCGGCAGUCAAGGCCUGCAAGCGGAUCAUCUCCCAAGCGGAAUCGGAAUCCAAGACGGACCAGGAUCAAGAUAAAAAUGUGCCCGGGAACACCUCCGCCAGCAGCACCUCCCCCUCCGCGCACGAUGACAGCGCUGAGGCCAGUAAGGAGAAUCUCCAGGAAGAGCAGAAAAUCGAAAGGAAGACGGACGGAGGAUGCUCUUCCGCCAGGGAACCGGUUACUGAGAACGAUAUGGCCGCCUGGCAGCGCCAGUUACAUGGCUCUAACUCGGACCUAGAGAGUCGACUGCGUGAGAUCAACUCCAAGCGCGAGGAGGUGAAGCUCACUGGUCGUUCGAGGCGUCUGAAGAAGAAGGCAACGCCCACUUCAAUUGCCACCAGAGUUCGAAAAACUCCGGUGGUUAAGGCGAAAGUGGAGUCAAAAAAUCAGAUCAAAAAGGCGCUGCGCAGUGUCGGUGAUUCCACUGAGAAGAUCAACAUCAAGAUAAUCACGCCUCAGAAACCUAAGGCUCUCAGAAAGAAGAAGGUGUUGGAAGUUAAAGAGGAAAUUAUAGAGGAAACUCUGGUGGAGGAAAUCGUAGAGGAAACUAUAGUAGAGGUCAAUGAAACGGACCAGCAAAAGGUAAAUGAUCCGGAGAAGGCUAAGGCAAAAGAUCAGGAUCAGAUGAAGGCACUUGUGGCAGAGCAGGCGCCCCCCAACAUGGCCAUGCUUCUGGACACGCCCUUUAAGGCGUCUCCCAUUGGGGCAGGAGCCGGUGAUGCAGCAGGAGGGGCCACUACAUCAAAGCAAGCCAGUGGCGCUGGAGUCGCUGCCAUCCCACCCACUCCAGGGAUGGCCAUUCCGCCGCUGGACACGCCUUAUGGUAAGCUGCCCAGCAGCAGCUUUCUUUUCGGCUCGGAUACCAAAAGUAUUAUGGACACGCCACAGCUGAGCGCCAUUACCCCUGGAUUCCGCUUGACACCCUUUGGCCAGAUUCCUGGUACUCCCGUGGGCAGCGCCGCCAAGACUGAAUACUCUUCGGGCAGCUCCUAUUAUCGUCCGGAUGAAGCGGAGCACACGGAUGCGAAUGCGCAGUGCGCAAUACAGCAGUGGGAGGAUAUCCAUGAGAAGACACAGCCAAAAGAGCGGUUUAAGGACAAGGGAAAGAAGAUAAUAACGGAGAAAGAGCUUCCUCAAAAGGGAGACGAGUCUCCGAAAGAGAAGAGGCAGCCAAGACAAAGAAAGCAAAGUCUUUAUCGGGAGGAGGAGCAUCCUGAGGACAACAAGAAGACACCUAAGCGACCGGAUAAGCAGAGCGAAGAGCAUGCGCAGAAAGAAGAGAUCGAUGUGGAUGAAAAAGAAAAGCUUUUGGAGAAAACACCAGCCGUUGUGAAGCAACCCGUUGUCCUGUCCUUGGAGCCCACCGUCCUCCGACGUGUGCGAUCCUUUGGUAGCGAGGCGGUGGACAGUGCUGAAUCCGCUGCAGCUGGCUCUUUCCCCUCGGAUCAUCAGCAGCUUCCGCACUAUAAACUGCUGCCUGGCUUGCCAGAGGCCAUUAUUGAAGGAUCCAGCAGUUCCAGCUCCUCGGCAACCAGCACUUCGAGUUCAUCCAGCUCGAGCUCAAGUUCCUCCAAUUCCACGUCAUCGAGCUCCUCAUCCUCGCAAAGUUCACACAGCGAAAGGAGCAAUCAGGGCGAUGCAAAGGACGAAAAUGUCGAAUUGGAGUGCCCCAAGGAAGACCAAGUGCUGCUCAACAUAGACAACCUUUCGAAUAUAAGCAGCACGGAGGACGAGGAGUGGCUAAAGGCAGCCACCGGCUUGCUGGAUAAUGCGGCGCACCCCAUGCUGGCCAUUGACAGUCUGCCUGGUCAAUUGGUUAGCCAGGAUGGCGAGGUGCGCUAUCCUAUACGGAAUUGGCUCACACCAAGCAAGGAGCAAGCCCAGGAGGCUAAUACUAGUGGAGAAUCGCGAACCCUUCCACCACUCCCUGCUCCAAUGGGCGCUCGAAUCGGUGUUGCCCCUCCGCUGCCUCCACUUCCGCCAGCUGAUCCUCAGCCACCACCACCACCACCUCCUCCUCCUUCGCCGCAAAUUGCACCGGCGCCCACCGUAAUCCUCCAACAGGAGAACCAACGCAAGAAGCUAGACGAGAAGCGCCAACGUGUGAUGGCCAAGUUCAAGGAGCAAUCCCAGCCAGCCAAGAUCCAAAGCAAAAAGACUGCCACCAAGAAAUUUACUGCCAUGCGCGAAACUGCCAAGCUGGCCAAUCCCAGCAUCCAGAAGUCACCGAAAAAGCGGGAGCACGUCGAACCACUCAAAACCAAGGGGGCUAGAAAGGAAAUCGAACCAACUGUGAAAGUGGAGGCCACAAAGAGUUCCGAUCUUUCAGGCGCUGCACCCAAAGAUGUGCCGAUAGAUCCACCACCCAGCAAACUGGAUCCCGCCCUGCUCAUCGCCCUCAAUCUUUCGGCCAAAAAGCAGGAGCCCUUAACGACCACGGACAAGCCCAAGGUAACCCGUGCAGCGGUGGAGAUUGCGGCACAGCCUGCACCGGGGAAACGAGGACGUCCCAAGAAGGCACUGACCGGAGAAACGACCAAGAUCUGCAUGCGUCGAUCCUCGAGGCUAAUCGACAAUAAAACGCCAGCUCCCGAGGAGCCCUUCAAAGCCAUUGGCGACGAUCAAACAAAGGCCAACGAUAAGGCGAGCACCAAAAAGCCGGUCAAGAAACGCGUCGAAGCCAGGGUGCCCUCCUCCACGACCAGCGCUUCAGCACUGCCAAUGGUGGCGGAAGCGGAAUCCACACAGGGAUCUCCAGAGCAACAAAAGGGGAAGACCAAGACUAUCCCACGGCCUCGAUCCGAGCCCAGUAGCGACUUCGAGCUGGACAUCUGCCUGAGUAGCAGCCAAGAGCGUUGCACCUUAACGCACUCCUAUGAGGACAACGGACCCAAGUCCAGCAAUCCGAUGAUGCGCCAGCCGGCGAGCUAUUUCAAGAGCUAUCAGAUGCAACUGAUGACCGAGGACGACCAGGUGCGCACAAUGCGCACCACCAAUUUCCAGAUGCUCAAUCUCAACCAACAAUUGGCUAGCGUCAUUCGCAAUAUACCCAAGAAGCGGAUACGCCGCCUGACCAGCAAUAGUGGAGCAAUUGCAAUGGGAGGAAGUGCAAGUGGAACUGGAACGGAAGUCGCUGCUGCUGGAGAUCAGCCCUCGGCCACGUCCACGCCGCUGGUGGAGAAGCCUCCGUCCAAAAGCGAUCCGCAAGAUGAGGACGAUCUGGAGGUGGCUGCCAUAAAUUCAACUCCGAAAGCAGCGACCAGUAGCAGUGGAGGUGGAGACGAGGAAACCCCCGAGAAUCCUGCACAGCAGAAGGAUUCACAGAACCAGAACCACAGCGUGGAGAUCGAGGACAUCGAGUCGAUACUAUCGCACCUGCAUGGCACCUGAUUUUAGCUCCAUUUUAAUAUUAACAUGUACACCUAAAACCGCUCGUUGGCAAUCAUGGGAGUACUUCUCUCAGCUUUUUAAGCGCAUCUAGUUAAGCGUAGAAAAGGAAAAAAGAGAAUUUUUAUCAUUAAUUUAAUCACAGUACGUUACUCAAGCAACCUGUAAUCUUGUGCCCCAAGGAUCGUUAUCAUUCAAAUAUUUAUUUUCGCCGUAAGUUGAGACGGAGCAGCACAACCUGCUCACACAACAUUCAAAAGAAUAUCCCAGAAGAAUCGCUAAUUUAUGUUUAAUUAUCCACAUUCGUAUAUAUAAAUAUAUAGAAAUAUAUAGCGCUGUAUAUUGAUAGAAAGUUGAUUUAAUAGUUAAGAUCCGUUUUUUUGUAUUAGUAAGACCCAGCCCGAACAAAAAUUUAUGAUUUGAUUUUUUUGUACUAUAUCGGAAAACGUGAAUAUAAGGAAAUAAC